UACUUUACUGCUCAUGCUCUUUUUCUCUUCCCUUCUCUCAUUCCUCAUCUCAAUUCUCAAUACUUCUUCUUCUUCUUCUUCUUCUUUCACACCCUACCCCGCCACAACAACAAAAUUGUUUGAUUUUACUAACAACAACCUCUUUCAUUCUUACAGCUCCGUACCUAGAAGACGGAAAGAGCAUGUCCUACGAGGCAGUCGGGUUCAAUUACAUGGCGGAGGACCAGGAAAUGGAAGAUUUCGACAAUGAAUUUGAAGACGAAAACUAUGGUAGAGAUGGUGGAGAAUUGGGUCUUGAUGAAUAUGACAUGCUUACCAGGGUGACUGAUACUUCAGCUGCCCAAGCCAGGAAGGGAAAGGAUAUCCAAGGUAUUCCAUGGGAUAGACUGAGCAUAACGAGGGAGAAAUACAGAAUGACGAGACUCGAACAGUACAGGAACUAUGAGAAUGUCCCCUCAUCUGGGGAAUCCAUGGAUAAGGAGUGCAAGCCAAUGCAGAAGGGUGGGAAUUACUUUGAAUUUUUCCACAACACAAGAUUAGUUAAGCCUACGAUCCUUCAUUUUCAGCUAAGGAACCUGAUUUGGGCCACUUCAAAACAUGACGUCUAUCUUCUAUCAAACUAUUCAGUUAUGCACUGGUCAUCAUUAACUGGCAAUUUGACAGAGAUCCUCAAUUUUUCAGGACAUAUAGCACCUAAUGAGAAACACCCAGGAAGUUUAUUGGAAGGUUUUUUGCAGACUCAAAUUAGCACACUGGCAGUCAAGGAGAAUUUCUUGGUUGCAGGUGGAUUCCAAGGAGAGCUUACUUGUAAGCGAUUGGAUAAACAAGGAGUUAGUUUCUGUACCCGGACCACGUAUGAUGAUAAUGCCAUCACAAAUGCUAUUGAAAUAUAUGAUAGCUUGAGGGGUGGUAUUCAUUUCAUGGCAUCCAAUAAUGAUUGUGGUAUAAGAGAAUAUGACAUGGAGAAAUUUCAGCUUAUGAAUCACUUCCGUUUCCCUUGGCCAGUUAAUCAUACAUCAAUGAGUCCAGACCAUAGGAUUAUCACUGUUGUUGGAGAUCACACAGAUGGCUUGCUUGUUGAUUCACAAAGUGGAAAGACUGUUGCUACAGUGGCUGGUCAUCUAGAUUACUCUUUUGCUUCUGCAUGGCACCCUGAUGGACGCAGCUUUGCCACUGGGAAUCAGGAUAAGACUUGUCGAGUAUGGGACAUAAGAAAACUAUCAUCACCAAUUGCAAUUCUCAAGGGUAACUUGGGUGCUGCCCGAUCAAUUCGCUUCUCAUCAGAUGGUCAGUUCAUGGUGGUGGCUGAACCUGCAGAUUUUGUUCAUGUGUAUAGUACAAAGUCAGAUUACCAAAAGCGCCAAGAGAUUGAUUUCUUCGGAGAGAUCUCUGGGGUAUCCUUGAGCCCAGAUGAUGAAUCCAUGUAUAUAGGAAUCUGGGAUCGAACUUAUGCAAGUUUGCUACAGUAUAACAAAAAGCAUACAUACGGUUAUCUUGAUUCCUUCUUGUAAGUUGUGUUCAACCGCAGAAUUAUUGGGAGGAGGAAAACGCUAAAGAUACUGAAGAUUUUACCCUACUUCAGAAAUUUCUCUUUGUUUGAUCUUAGUUCAGUCUGAGCAAUCAAAAUGGACUGGACAAUAAGCUAUAUUUCUGAUUAGAACUUUAUUCAGCAUAUGUAUAGUGAUACUUCUUCCUUUACAUGAAAGCUGUUUCUUUUCUCCUUCCUA